CGCAUGCGCGAAUAUUACAGCGAGUCGACGCCACCAUGGCGGCCAGAGGCCAUGUGCAGGACCCCAACGACCGGAGGCUCAGACCCAUAUACGAUUAUCUUGAUAAUGGCAACAACAAGAUGGCAAUACAGCAAGCAGAUAAACUGCUGAAGAAGCAUAAGGACCUGCACUGUGCAAAGGUCCUAAAGGCAAUCGGCCUUCAGCGAACUGGGAAGCAGGAUGAAGCUUUCACCUUGGCCCAGGAAGUGGCCACAUUGGAGCCCACUGAUGACAACUCGCUGCAAGCUCUGACUAUACUUUACAGAGAGAUGCAUCAUCCUGAGUUGGUAACCAAACUCUAUGAAGCAGCUGUGAAGAAAGUUCCGCUGAGCGAGGAGUAUCACUCUCACCUCUUUAUGGCUUACGCUCGAGUCGGGGAGUACAAGAAGAUGCAGCAGGCAGGAAUGGCCCUGUAUAAAAUUGUCCCCAAGAAUCCUUAUUACUUUUGGUCUGUUAUGAGUCUGGUGAUGCAAGCCAUCUCAGCCCAAGAUGAGAAGCUGGCUCAAACUAUGUUUCUGCCUCUUGCUGAACGCAUGGUGGAGAAAAUGGUAAAGGAGGAGAAGAUUGAAGCUGAGGCAGAAGUGCAGCUGUACUUUAUGAUCUUGGAGCGCUUGGGAAAGUGUGUUGAAGCUCUGGAAGUCAUCAGAGGUCCACUUGGGGAGAAGCUGACCAGUGAACUGCAGAGCAGAGAAAACAAGUGUAUGAUGCUGUACCAGCGACUACAGCGCUGGCCAGAGUGUAAUUCUUUGGCCCACAAGCUGCUUCUUAAAAAUCCUGAUGAUUGGCAGUUCUACCCUUCGUACUUUGACUCGCUCUUCCACCUGAUGGAUCAGUCAUGGAACCCACCAGAGCAAGGCGAACACUGUUCCGAGGGCUCAGUACAUCACACUGUGGCUGAGGUAGUGAAGUUUGUGGAAGACAGAAUCAGAGGGGAAGACGGCAAAGAAUCUCAUUUACUCCGAGGCCCCUAUUUAGCUCGUCUUGAAUUAAUGCACAGACUGAGAGAAAGGGGUUGUCCUGAAGAAAGCCUGCUGGGUGAGCCUUUGGAACUGAUGGUGCAGUUCUUUGGGAAGUUUGGAGAUAAACCUUGCUGUAUCACUGACUUAAAACUAUAUCUGCAUCUACUUUCUCCAGAACAGCAUGUUCAGUUUAUUAACCUUCUGAGUGAAGCAGUUCCAUUGGGUGAACAAGAGGAGGAAGGAUUUUGUUUUCCAGAAGACACAAAAUCACUACAGAGGCACCUGUGUUUGUGUCAGUUAACUCGUGCACUUGGACUACAUCAUUGUCUUGACACAGAAGGAAAACUACAACUUAUAACAGAGCUCAAAGCUCACUAUCAUCAUGGUCUGAAGUUUGGGACAAAUGCUCUGAAGACGGAGUUGCAGUUUUCAGAUAUGUAUUGUCUCAUGGCAGGUCAUGUGUACAUUGAUCUGUGGGUGGAGACGGGGGAUGAAAAUAUGCUCUGGCAGUGUUUGGGUCUUCUCCAGGAGGGUCUGUUUCACAGUCCCUCUAAUGCUCAAUUCAAGCUGCUGCUGCUGAUCCUCUACUGUCGCUUGGGAGCUUUUGAGCCAGUCGUGGAUCUUUAUUCCAGCCUGGAUGCUAAGCAUGUACAACAUGACACCAUAGGAUAUCUCCUCACACGUUAUGCUGAGUCCUUGGGUCAGUUCGCUGCAGCCUCCCAGGCCUGUAACUUUUCCCUCAGGUUUUUUCACUCCAAUCAGAAAGAUACCUCAGAGUAUAUUAUUCAAGCAUAUAAGUAUGGAGCAUUUGAGAAAAUCCCAGAAUUCAUUGCUCUCAGGAACCGGCUGAACCAAUCGCUGCACUUUGCCCAGGUCCGAACUGAGAGGAUGCUUCUGGACCUGUUUCUUGAGGCUGAUAUUGUGUUGAGUCUGGAGGAAAGUGUGAAGGCCAUGAAUGUGUCUGCAGAGGUGGACGACAUCCCCUGGGAUAGUUUGAGGGACAACAGAGACCUCACAGUCUUUACCAGUUGGGACCCAAAGGAUCGACAUUUAACAGAAGAGCACCGGCAUCAGUCCUUAGAAGAGGAGUCCGUGUGGCUGAGAAUACCGUCUCUAACGCUUCGUCUCCUCAACUGUCUGGCUGUGUCUGGGCACCACCCAAACUCUGAAUUAUCCCAUGAAAACGGCAUAGGAGACAAGACUUCAGUCUUCAGUAACCUGCUGUGCCAGCUCCAGCAGACUCUGCAGACAGCAGCCCAGCUAAAGGAAAAGCACAUACAGUAUCCGUUCCUCGGCCCGCCCUCCACUCGCUUGGCCCCUGCUCUGGCCAGUGGCUGUCAGUGUCAGGGCUGCAGCCCUCCAGCCUCUGUCCAUCUACACGAGUUGGAAACUCUUGGACUUGACGAGUCGUCAGAACUUCAAAACCAGAUCUGUAACGGUUUUAAAUCAUUAGUAGUUCAGCCUUCAAGGUGAGAAAUGCUAAAAAAAUGCAAAGGGGAUUUAUUGGAAUUAAAACGGCAGAUUAAAAAUGCAAUCUUUGUUAUUAGAAACCAUAGUUUCUUUGUUGAGACGAUCUGCAUAGUCUUGUGGAUGGCUACUUACUGUGCCAAGAUCCUGCGACCACUUAAGACAAGUCUAACAGAAGAAGAAAAAGAAGAAAAGGAUGCAAGCACAGUUCUGGUGCACUUUUUAUGCAUUCCAGAGAUGACGGGCGGCAUGCACAACCUGUUUACGGAGGCUUUGGAGCAUUUAAAAGCGCAAGAGGCUGGAAUAACGGCCCUUAAACUGGCCAGUUUAACCUUGGAAGGAAACACAGAUGAGGAAGUGUCGUUUACCAAGACUGCUAUGGACAAAGUGCAGAGCAGUUACCUGCGCUCGCUGCAGGAGGUUGGAGAUCUGUUGAAGAAGAGAGCAGAAACUUUAAAAAACCUCAAGAUAUGAACGUCAUCAUACACCUCAAAUCAUAAAGACUAAAUCCAUUAUCAGCUCUCAAACCUGUGCCUGCUGUCGGCACACCAGCUCAUGGAUUCUUCUCUUAGCCGUUGGGCUGACGUACCCUGACCUGACUGUGCAAGUGGCUCUGCUGGUAAUAGUUUUUGUUUUUGGUCAGUUCAGCAGACAAACACCUUCUGGAACACUUGCAACUCAUACAGUGCGUAAGCUUUUAAGCAAAACCAUGGAUUUCUAUUGUAAUUCUAAGGAAAACCAAUGUUCAUCUUAAAAACGGAUAUUACAAAGAAGCAGUUUCAGUUAAAUCAAAUGUACAUAGUGAAGAGUGACGAGCCUAAACCUGGACUGAGUGUCACAUACAUUAAACCACUAUUAAAUAUCGGUUUCUCUCCGUGGCUCACUUUGGAUUUCUGACAUCUCUGAGAACAGUCCUUGUCGCUCUGUGAGGUCACAGUGACAUUCGUGUGUGUGGGGGCAUUGGAACAGUCUUUCACUGUGCCGUUUCUGUCGAGAACCAACCUGGUACAGUUUGUCCUGUGAUGUCCCCGCCAUGGAGGCCGACACACUCUGGAAACACACGAGCAUCCUGCAGCAGCAGACCUUCAGAUGAACGCUGCUGCUUCUACUGUCAGACUUUUUUUUUUUUUUUUGUAGCCACCUCUAGUUGCAGUAUUAAGCAAUCUUGGGACAAGUUGCUAAACAGAUUUUUCAUCAUAUUUUGAAUUCCUCACUGUUUGCCCCCCCCCACUU